AUUAUGGCAACACUGCCAACAGGGCACCUUCGAUCGAUGGUCUGCUGUCAACAAAUUAACUCGAAUUAUUUAUGAAACAAAAUCUUAUUUGGAUAUAGUUAAUCCAAUUGAAUAGUUUUAUCUUACUCUGGUUUUAGCACCAUAAGUAAAUAAAAUAUUUUUAGUGUUGUACUUGCACUUGUGAGUGUAAGUGAAAGUGUUUUGAUGUGUCGUCCAAUUCCAUGAUAGUGACGAGGCUAAUCGCCGCUUUGUACCAUAUGUGAGCGGCCCCUCCGCGAAUGUUACGUAACUGGAGGCAGCAGAAGGCAUGUCGUGGAUGAAGCGGCCUCAGGGCGGCGCGACUGGCCCGCCGGCCUCCGACCAGCCGCCCUACAACGCCGCCCAGUCAUAUGGAGGGCAACAAAACGUAUAUCCUAAUUAUCAGGGAGGUAAUCCUAGCAAUUCCCAACAACAACAGUAUUGGCAGGUGCCCCAUCAACAGCAGCCCCAAUAUAACCAACAGUAUGGCCAAGUAUAUCAACAACAAGAAUAUGGAAGUAAUGCCAAUCAGUACUAUCAACAGCCCACACAAUAUAAUCAAAAUUAUGCUCCGAAUUAUGCUGCUGCCCAACAAGGCUUCCAGCAGAAUUAUUACCAGAAUCAGGGACAACCUAAUUAUCCACAAAAUAAGCCAAAUGCAGAUAGCUGGGAAGAUAACUGGGAUUGGGGAUGGGAAGACUCAGCAAAACAAGCACAAAAAGUGCAGAAUAAUGCUCUACAAACAACAACACAAUUGGUAACUUCUGAGACGCAACAAGUGUUCAAUAAUGCUAAUAUUAUAGAAGAAAGUUUUGCUGCCACUGACAGUUGGAACUGGCCUGUGGAUGAUAAGAAAGAUGGGUCUCAACCAUCUGCUGCAGCUCCCACAACAACUAGUAAUCAACAUAGAACUGCGGAAUCAACAUUUAAUCAGACCUCUUCAAUAGAAAAUAACUCUGAGAGAAACGCACCCGGACAAAAUAUACCUAGCAAUGUUUCAAAUGAACAUUCAACUGAAGAGAUCAAGACAUUAAAUGACCGAGAUAUCGUCAAAGAACAUUUGCCAAAUCUUGCACUUGGCAAACGACUUCACUUAGAAAAUUUAACUCCACAAUGGUCUAUAGAGUCACAAAUGUCACAAGAAUCUAGUGAUGGACCUCAUACACACUCAGAAGGUACAUACAGAAGUGAAAACCAAUCUAGAAAUUCUAAUAAAAGUAGUCCAGGUUUAAAUGCAGAUAAUUCCAACUUUAAUUACUCUCAGGCAGGAAUAGAUGAGUUAUAUUCCAGUAAUGUUGAAUCUGCAGCUGAUCAAGCCACAUUAGUAGAACAAGACCCUAUCCAAAAUAGCACUCAUGAUAAUCAGGAUGAACUGUCUAGCUCUUUACAAGAAAUGAGUAUAAGCAACAGUGAAAAUCCUGCUCUUGAUAAUUUGUUAGUCAAUAAAGAAUCAAAUGCAAUCAGCCAAAUACCAGAAAACGAAAGUGUAAUGCAGCAACCAGCUCUUACUAUGCCUUCUACUAAUAUACCAUCUCACUCAACUGCUGGCCAAGUCCCUGCUCUAUCACCCACUCCUCAACCUGUACCAUCACCAGUACCAAAUUCUGGCAACUUGCCCCCUCCAUCAUCAAGUUUAAUGUCUUUACCUCCUCCAACAUCUUCUUUGUUGCCACCACCUAAGAACUUACCACCAACAUUGCCAUCUCAAAACCCCUAUAAGCUGGCAGCACCAUUUACUCACAAAAAUAUUACCAAAGCACCUUCUUCAAAUCCUCCUGUACAACAGUUUUCCGCUCCUCCUACUAGUUCAAACUUGACAUCACCAGCAGUAGUAAAUAAAAUAUCUCAACACAAUAGAGUUACUGUUGGGUUUGGCGCUAAUUUAGAAACUACACCUGACAAUUCUGAGAGACCUGAUCAGCCUCAAGUUCAGACUUUUAGAUCCUUGCCGACAAUACCACAGGUCCCUGAGAAUUUGGAAGUUGCACCACAGAAUGACAGAAAUGAAUAUUUGCAAACAGCACAUUUAUCAAGUGGUGAUUAUGAGGAAAACACAGAUUUUAGUCGCAACCUUCCACCACCUGGUUUAAGGAGGAUGGUUGUAGGUCAACAAGAAACAGAAUAUACACAAAACCUGAAUAUAGCUGGGGAUGAACCUCCACCUGGUUUGUCUAGAAUGGUUCCUGGUCAACAGAAUGAAAAUCAGGGUGUGUAUAACCAAGUGAACGAAAAUUAUAUGGACAGGCAUAUAGACGGGGAACCGAUGGAGAACAGUGGACGGCCAUAUAGGCAGGCCGAGGGUCAGCAAACAUCUGACAACUACAGCCAGGCUUCUUCAGUUAGAAGCAAUGAGAGGCGUCCGAUUGGCUUAGAUCGAAUGGUUCCAGGAGAGUCUAGUAGUAAUGAGUAUUCUCAAUACCAGGCUAAUUCCUAUGUCAGCUCCAAUGAGGAACGAGUCGUGACCGGAGUAGAUCACGAGUAUGCUAUUUCCUCAGAGCCAGUGCUCGCUGAUGUACGAGAACAGGUAAUGGACGGUUCAGAGUAUACUGAACAUCCGAUUAGGAAUCCUCCUAGAAACGUCAUCGGCGCCCGGGAAUCCAGCAACGAUACAUCGCCGGAUUUCAGCUCGCGUGCCGAGGAGCGACAGAGGGAAGUCAUCAUGGAAGGUGAAAACUUACAAGACUUAAGUAUGGUUUCGUCGGGAGAUUUGACAUUUUCGAGGGAGCAAACGGUCGACGGAGCCGAUUUGGACGUCUCCGAAACGGUGGCAGACAGAAGGAUCGAAGCGCCGGAGUCGACGGACCGCUCGAUGGGCGGCUCGCGGCGCCAGUCACUGAGCCACGUCAACACCUCGGGCGAGGACAAUUCCGAGAGGGAGCGGUUGGUGAAGUCCUCGCCCAGACGGGACGCGCACAAGUCGUCCAGGGAGCGGGAGAAGGAGGGACGAUACUCGCGAGGAGACAGGAAAUACGAUCGAGAGUCAGAGCGAAGGGGCGGGCGGGAGGAGCGACGGACGGAGCGGGACAGGAGGGACAGAGAUAGGGUCAGAGAUAGAGACCGCGACCGGGACAGGGUGGACAGAGAACGGGACAGGGGAGACCGGGACCGGCGCUCGCCGGACGCGCGUCGCCAACGCCGGUCCGCGAGGCCGCGUCCGCUACCUGACGACACCGACUACUACAGCGACCGCGACCGAGACCGAGACCGCGACCGAUACGACAGACGCCAGGGAUCGUACACGUCUUCGAAGCCGCCCCGACAUGAGGGCUCGCGGUACCGGGAGGAGCGCGAGUACCGGCGGUACAACACCGUCGAACGAGAGGGCUCGCGCGCGCACCGGGACCGGGACCGGGAUCGAGACCGGUACGAAGACAGGGACCGGUACGAGCACAAGUAUCGCGACAUCGACCCCACCAGGAAGUACGGCAACCUGCGCAAGGAGCGUGACGAAGAGCGAAAGAGAGGCGCUGCGUACUCGCCGUCGCGGGAGGCGCGGGAGUCGCGCGACACCGCCACCGACGACGACGACCGCGAGCGACGACACCGCCGCCGACACCGCGACGACUACUACGCAGGUUACGAUGCGAGCGGGUUGACGGGCGGCGCCGACGCGGCCGCGGUAGAGGGGGCCGACGCAUACACGCUGCAGUACCAGUACUACGAGCACCUGCGACGGACCAACCCCGCCGCCUACCUGCAGCUGUACAAGCGGCUCGUGCAGCCCGACUACCGCGCCGUGCCCGCGCUCUACCCGCACGUAGCGGGCGGGUAUGGCGAGGAACGCGGCAGUCUGCAGUCAGGACGCUCCUCUGCGACCGGCCUCAAGCACGACACGUACUACGCCGGGUGCCGCGCCGACGCCGCGCCCUCCCUGCUCGACGCGCCCUCGCUGCGGACCGACCUCUCCGACAGAGACUUGAACACAGACGCGUCGCUGAACCUCCACCUGGAGGAGUCGACGGUGCGCUCGGAGCGUAUGACACCGUUCCGAUACUCCACAGCGCAUAUCAAGGCCAGCAUAUCGUCGCGGCAGCUUGUGGUGGUUUCGGCCACGUAUCCAGUGGACGGACGGCCCGCCCGCGUGUGUAUCGCCGCCCUGCCGGCCCCGCCCGCCUACCGCCUCUACCCCGGCCCGCUCGUCAAGGGUGUGACUCACAAGAAGAGUGUGAUAGAGUAUUGUGAGUCUCGCGUUAACGCCGCGCCAUCGAAUACGCGCGACAGCUGCGGGUACGCGCUACUGUGGCAGCUGCUGGCGUUGCUGCUGCGGCAGAAUGGGGUGGUGGUUGGUUCGGAUAUCGCAGAGUUGCUCAUGAAGAACGCGCGCGAGUACGGAUACGAGGCGCCCGCCGCGCGACCCUCGCAUGACGAAUGUAGACGCGAGUCGUCGAUGUCAGGCAGCCGCGAGGAAGAACCUUCAGACGUGCAGGAGCAUCCGGCACCCGUAGAAAACAUAGGUUUAGAAAGUGCGCCGGCGCCGGAAGCGGACGGUGUCGAUGUCGGCGUUGACCCGGUGGAUCGGUUUCGGGAGCUGCUCAUAAGUGGAAAUCGCCAGGAAGCGCUUGAAUGGGCCCUGAGUCACGCGCUGUGGGGACACGCAUUGGUACUGUCGUGGUACGGGGGCGCGCGGGCCCGGAGCGCAGCCCUGGGGCGCUUCGUAACGUCCCUGGGGCCCGCCGACCCGCUGCACUCCCUCUACUGCGCGCUACAGGCGCGAGCCCCGCCCGCUGCCACGAAUGUGUCUCGUGAUUGGCGCGCGCACGCCGCCAUCUUGUUGGCCAACCCGUCCUCCCGCCCCGACCACGAUCGACGGACCCUCACGCAGCUGGGCGACACGCUGUCGGCCAAAGGGCUGAUCUACUCGGCGCAGUUCUGCUACAUCUCCGCGGGCGUCCCCUUCUCCCCGCACCCCCUGGCCCCCUUCCAGCCCCCCUCCCCCUCCCCCGUCUCCGUCCCCCGCCUAUGCCUCCUAUUGGCCGACCACAAGGCGCCCACUUUCCAGCAGUUCGCUACCGACGAGGCCAUCUUUGCGACGGAGAUAUACGAGUACGCGCUGUCGCUCAACCAGGACUACGUCAUCAAGGAGUUCUUGUUGUAUAAGCUGGUGCUGGCGACGCGUUUCACGGACGCGGGUCUGUACGAGCGAGCUCUGGCGUACUGCGAGCAGGCCUGCCGCCUGACGCUGUGCCAGCCCCCGCCCGCCCUACUGCGCGCCCUCGCCGCCCUCGCCGACAGAUUGCGGUACUCGGACGGCAUGUCGGCGGAGGAGGGGCUGGGGGAGGAGGCCGGGGAGGGGGUGGACUCCUCCCCGCGGCACCACUGGCUCGAUGACGUCACCGCGGCGCUGCAGACGCAGGCGCAGCUGUCUCCGCAGCACCACGCGCCCGGAUACUACGCGCCUACACCCGUCGCUGCCACACAUAGUUGGACAGACCAGUCGCAACAGUACCAACAGCCGGCGGCGACAUACACCGAGCCGGCCGCAGCCGACACCGCCCCCGACUACGGACAAUAUUAUCAAAACCAGGACUAUCCCCAACCGCCCGAUCCAGAGUACGAUACCCAAGCCCAACAUUACCAAGAGCCCGCCCAACAGAGCCAGGAAUAUGGACAACAGAGUCAGGAUUAUGGGCAACAGAAGUCAGGAUUAUGUUCAACAGAGUCAAGUCUACGGUCAGGAUCAAGCACCGACGGAUGGCUACGGCUACGACGACCGCUCCUACGCAGAUAACUACUGGCAGGGCUCCACGGAACAUUACGGUUAUGGGGAGGCGGGAGCGGGGGCGGGAGCGGAGGCGGGGCAGCCGAGACCCAUGAUCACGAUGCCGGGAACCAAUUCCAACGCCGCCUCGCCCUACGACUACGACGACGACCGCCCGCCCAGUGCUGACAGCGAACGCGAAACGGACACACCGAAGACUGCCGCCAAGAAGGCGGAGGCGAAGAAGAACGACGCCGCGGGCAAACAGGAGGGCAAGAAGAGUGGGUGGCUGGGGGGCAUCCUCACUCGGCUGUCGCUGAGGCCCCCCAACCAGAUGAUCCUGCCCGACGACCGCAACCCCACCAUCGUGUGGGACCCGGAGCACAAGCGGUGGCGCAACCUCGACGGGGACGAGGACGAGCCCGCCCCGCCCCCGCCCCCGCCGCGCGCCGGGCCCGCCCCGCCCUCCGGGCCCGCCCUGCCGCCCGGACCCGCCCUACAGGUGGGGACCAGCCCGCAGGCCGGAGUGCCGCCUUCCACCGCGCCAACAUCCAACAUAUUCAAGAUGCAGAAGAGCAGACAUAUAAAGAAAUCGUACGUGGACGUGUUCAACCCGGGCGGGUCGGGGUCCGGGGCGGGGCCGGGGUCUAACGCGGCCCCGCCGCCCCCCGCCCCCGCGCUUCUAUCCCCCGCGCCGCCCCCCGCCAGCUUGUUGGUGCCCGCCCCCCACCCCCGCCCCCCAGCACUCCCCGCACCAGGGCGGAAGUGGCGUGUAUGAGCCGCAGUUAGGCGACGAGGCGUACCGCAGCGGCAUCUAGAUUCCCACGACUCUGAUCUCUACCACUCACGCAAUAACGAUCACUUUCGCUCACUCACACCAAUAAUACUGAUUAUUUUUUUUUGUAUAUACAGAGGUAACAUGUUAGAGACAGUUUGCGUGUUUGAAACUGUAGAUAGUGGUGAUAUUGUAUCGUUUGAACUCGACGAAUGUACUGUUGUGAAAGCUUACCAACUAAGAUGAUAGUUAGUUGUGAAUUAGUGACGAAAUGCGAACGAUUUGUACUCCCGGCCUCAGGAGCCCUAUUUGUGAAUCACUCGUCUGACAUAGUAUCGUCGAAUGCGACAUAAGUCACAUUCGACUAUCAAGUCGCAUAAUACUGAUUUUCCGUAUUUUUGAAUCAUUCGUCACCGGUGUUACCUGUUUAAUACGAAAUAUGAAAUUUUACUCAUUUCACGCAGAAAAAAUAGAAUGCAAUGCAAGCAAUGAAAACCGAACAAAAAAUUCUCGUUGUCGUUUCAUAUAAAGAAUGACAAUAAUAGAUUAUCGUCGUCUAAUAGCACAAAAAAAUUGACAAUUAUUCUAUCAUUCGCCUCCACCAUUCGCCAUGCAGCGAGUGGUCUCACCCAUUCGUUGCACUCGAGCGAUUCAAAAAUACGGAAUUAAUUAUGUAGAAAGAAAUUUAGUAGAAAUCGAGCGUUCGACGCAAGACGAGUGAUUCAAAAAUAGAGCUCCUGAGCCCCGAGCUCUCAGAUCGCCCUCCACAGGGCAGCGGUACUACAGUAACAGCGGCAUCAUAUAAAUUUACGUCUGUUGUGGACCAGAUUAUCCAUCUUCCGUAACGACUUUAAUCUU